AUGGCGUCUUUAUUCUGUUUUCUGUUCAUCUCAUUACAAUGCAUGCUUUUGCUACACACAACAGGUGUCUUAUCUCAAGCCAUCAAACAUGAAGCCGAUGUCGUCAUUUAUGGCAACACAGUCGCUGCCAUUUCAGCUGCCAUCCAAACAGUCCGAAUGAACAAAACCGCUGCGAUAGUAUUUCGAGGAAGUAAACUUGGUGGCUUAACGACAUCCGGUCUGGGCUGGACAGACUCCAAAGACGGCAACACAAUCGGCGGUAUCGCAAGGGAAUUUUACGAAAAAAUCUACGAAUACUACGAUAACGACGAUGCCUGGAAAUACGAAACAAGAGAUAAUUACAUCGACAAGCACAUUCGAGCACAACCGGGUCCAGCUAUUGGCGACAAGGUGCAGUGGACAUUUGAACCUCAUGUCGCCGAGAAGAUCCUGGAGGACUGGCUAAAAGAUGAGAAAGUCCCCGUCUUCCGAAAUGAGGCUUUAGUCCGUUCAGAAGGAGGUGUCCAAAUGGAUGGAACAACGAUCAAGUCAUUCCAAACAGAGUCUGGGUCUACUUUCUCGGGCAAGAUGUUCAUUGACGCAGGCUACGAAGGCGACCUCAUGGAGACAGCAGGAAUCUCAAACCGAGUCGGACGAGAAGACGAGGAGGAGUUUCACGAAUCAGCAGCAGGUAUUCAGAUGAAUGCGCCCAACCUUCUUACGACGAUCGAUCCAUUCAACGACGAAAAGGACCCUCACAGUGGUUUCAUUCCCGGCGUUGGAAGAAACACGACAGAGGUCGCUGCUCAACAAUCGCGUGGUAAAAAGGACCAUCGCCUGCAAGCCUUCAAUUACCGACUUUCCUUGACCAAACACAAAGACAACAAGAAGGAUUUCUUCAAGCCAAAGGACUACAACGAGUCACAAUACGAAAUUCUCUUCCGCUACAUCAAAGCAGGCCACCGAGGCCCUUUCUUCACGACACAGCUCAUGCCGAACCUCAAGACCGAUACCAACGCAGCAUGCCUUGUCAGCACCGACCUCAUCGGCGGAAGUUACAACGCCACGGCCAAUUAUGCUGAGUACUCCUACAAGGAUCGAGAAACCGCUGCGCACAGACAUACUGUCUGGGCUCAAGGACUGCUGUGGACAUUGGCAAACCACAAGGACGUACCGGAGCACAUUCGCGAUGAAGUUUCACUUUGGGGUUACGCCAAGGACGAGUGGACGAGUAACGACAACUGGCCGUAUGAGAUUUACAUCCGCGAGGCGCGACGCAUGAAUGGCGUUUACACGAUGACGCAGCAGGACAUCCAGCACCCCAAGGAGUACAACGAUACUAUUGUCGGAGUGGGAUACUACACGCUUGACGUGCACCAAGUCGAGCGUGUUGUCGUUGACGAUCGAAUCUUCGACGAAGGCCUUGUUCAUGUUCCCAACCCUGGGCCUUUCCGAAUGCCAUACGGCUCGAUCGUACCACGCAAACAGGACGCCGUCAACUUUCUGAACCCCGUGACAGUGAGCGCUACACACAUCGCGCUGUCGGCGAUUCGGAUGGAGCCGAUGUAUAUGAUCUUGGGGCAGAGCGCAGGGACGGCUGCUGUCUUGGCGAUAGAGGAUAAUGUGAAUGUGCAGGAGCUUGAUCAUAAGAAGUUGAAGAAGAGGUUGGAGGGCGAUACCCAGGUUGUGAAGUCUUUUGCAACGAGCUUGAGGACGGGAUAUGUGCAUGGAGCGAUCUCUAUAGCGAUAGUUGUUUGGCUUCAAUUGGCUUGA